AUUCUAGCGUUUCUUGUUGAUAAUGACCAUUGCUGGGUUCAAUGGAGUGGAAGGACAUGAUGAUUAUGGUCCAUGUGGGAGACAUAACAUCGAGAAGGAAGCUGAGAAGCUGGCACCUUGUACAAAGGCAGCCCAAGAUGUGAAAGCUCCAGUUUCCAACCGGUGCUGCACUGUAAUGGAGAAAAAGCUUAAGAAUCCAAGCUGCCUCUGUGCUAUUAUGUUUGCACAUACAGCAUACAACGCUGGAAUCAAGCCAGAAGUUGCCGUGACCAUUCCAAAACGUUGCAACAUUGCUGUUCGUCCUGUCGGUCACAAGUGUGGAGGUAGAAUUCGCAUAUUACAUAAUGUGUUCUUGGUUACACCUUUUCUCCCUUGCUUUUAUAUAAUGCUGCUAGUGUUAGUUCCAUUCUCAUGAAGCUAUUGUUUAUUUC